AAUCGGAAUCUAAAUAUAUUCCAUAAAAGGAGAAGCAAAUUUUUGCUGCCGCCGGCGAUGGCGAAAAAUCUUCUCUUUUUCUUCUCAGCGGCGGGCCGCCGCCCUACUGGCUAUCCUCUUGAACCCCUCAUGGAGCAUUUUGAGUAGUAGGAGCUCUAGGGUUUCAGCUGACCUUGUAGUGGUGAAUGCUACUAUAUACACCAGCGACGCUGACUUUCCCUUUGCUGAAGCCAUGGCGAUCCGUGGCGGCCGAAUUCUUCGUGUUGGGAAUUUUUCUUCAGUUCAGGAGCUCAUAGGCCAGGGAACUGAAAAGUUAGAUCUUCAGGGGAAAGUUGUGGUGCCAGGGUUUAUCGAUUCGCAUGUGCAUUUAAUAGCUGGUGGAUUGCAGAUGGGGCGAGUGGAACUUCGAGAUGUCAAAAGCCAAGAAGAUUUUGUACAGAAAGUCAAAGAAGCUGUUAGAGAUAAAACUCCUGGUGAAUGGGUAUUAGGUCAUGGAUGGAACAAUGAUAUUUGGGGAGCUUUACCUAGUGCUUCUUGGAUAGAUGAGAUUACACAUGACAACCCUGUUUGGUUAUCUCGUAUGGAUGGUCAUAUGGGAGUUGCCAAUUCACUAGCACUGAAGAUUGCUGGAAUCACUAAUAUUACAAAAGAUCCAGUUGGUGGCUCCAUUCUAAGAACUAUGGAUGGAGAACCUACUGGAGUGCUGGUUGAUUCAGCGAUGAAACUUGUACUUGAUGUGAUUCCUGAGGUCUCAGUUAGUGAGAGGAGAAAUGCACUGUUAAAGGCGAGCAAAUAUGCACUGAAGAAGGGAGUGACAACAGUAGUUGAUGUAGGAAGAUAUAUUCCUGGUACACCAGUAGAUCAUCCUUGGCAAGAUCUUUCAGAUGUUUAUAUGUGGGCUGAUUCCGCUGGUAAAAUGCUGAUCCGAGUGUGCUUAUUCUUUCCAAUGCAGUCAUGGUCUCGUCUAGCUGAAUUUCGUGAAAAGAAAGGAUCAUCCUUAAGUCAGUGGAUUUAUUUGGGUGGUGUCAAAGCUUUUGCUGAUGGGUCCUUGGGUUCCAACAGUGCACUCUUCCAUGAGCCUUAUGAAGACGACCCUCACAAUUAUGGUUUGAGAGUGACUGAUUUUGACUGGCUUCUCAAUGCAACACUAGCAUCAGAUAGAUCUGGACUUCAGGUUGCAAUUCAUGCAAUAGGAGAUAAAGCAAACGACGUAGUGCUAGAUUUGUUUGAUACAGUUGCAUCUUCUAAUGGAGUUAGAGAUCGCAGGUUCAGGGUAGAACAUGCACAGCAUCUGAUGCCAGGAUCAAUAAUCCGUUUUGGUCAGCAAGGGGUCAUUGCUUCAGUACAGCCUGAUCACCUAUUAGAUGAUGCUGGCUCUGCUGAGAAGAAGAUUGGCAUUGCUAGAGCUCAAAAGGGGUCAUAUUUAUUUCAAUCUCUCUUGGCUGGGAAGGCACAUUUGAGUUUUGGCUCUGAUUGGCCAGUUGCAGAUAUCAAUCCAUUAAGAUCGAUCCAAACUGCAAUUACCAGAGUGCCACCGGGAUGGGAAACUGCCUGGAUUCCAACUGAGCGUGUUGGCUUGCUUGAUGCUCUAAAUGCGCAUACUACAUCAGCUGCGUAUGCUUGCUUCCUUGAUCACGAACUCGGCAGUCUAUCCCCAGGAAAAUACGCGGAUUUCAUAGUACUGGAUGCUACUUCAUGGAAUGAAUUUGCAGAACAAGACGUAACAAGAAGAACUGUCGAGGCCACUUAUGUGAGUGGUGUUCUGGCUUACCCAUGAAAUCUCAAUGCGUUUCAAGAUGGUUUGAUUGAUAUAUGUAUUCAUUGUACACAGAUGUAUAGAUUGUUGUACUA